AAUCAUUUUGAAAUGGCUGGUUUAAGUUUAAACAAUAUUCUCGAAACGGUUCGUGAAGACGAUUUUGUAGAAUAUUUUCUAUUUCCACAUAUAGAAGCAUGUAAUGAAAAAGAAGAAGAAACUAUACUAUCGAGUGUAUUAAGCAAGGCAAAUAAAAUUGUGAAAAAAUACACAACUGACUAUUUAUGGCACAGAGAUGAGUUCAAACUAGUUCCCAGAACAUCGAUUUACAACUCCCUCAGUCAUAUCGAAGGCAAAAAAGAAAAUUUACCCCCUCAUCUUUAUGGUGUCUCUCACUAUGGAGAUAACAUAGAAGAUGAAUGGUUUAUUGUAUUUAUUUUACAACAGCUGACUAAAGAAAUUAAUGGUUCGAUUGCCAGAGUAUAUGAUGUCGAUGGAGAGUUUCUUUUGAUUGAGGCUGCCGAUUUUUUACCAAGUUGGGCAUAUCCAGACACUUGUGAAAAUAGGGUUUUUCUAAGUGAUGGAAAUGUCCAUCUUGUCCCUCCUGAUUCUCCAGAAGACUGUAACAUUUCUGUCAAAGAAGCGGUUUCACAUAUUAGAGAGAAACCUCUUGAAACUUUAGCAUCGCUGGAAGUCCAGGAUUCUAUUAAAAAUAAAUUAAAUGGCUAUCCUGCUAAAGCAAAGAAUAACCUCCACAGAGCUACCAUCUAUGUCCCCGUAGCGAUAGCUGCUAUUUUGAAACACAAACCAAAUCUGAUUUCACCAGCAGUGCAAGCCUUCUGCAAUAGAGAUCCUAUUGAUAUGAAGUCCUGCAGAGCCAUGAAAUAUUUUCCUCCAGAGAACAGGGUACUGACCAAUGUUACAUUUACAAAAUGUUUGUAUGCCAUGCUUAUCCACAGCAACUAUAUGCCAGAUCGACGAACGGGCUGGAAUCUGCCGGCGUCUAACUCUCCUGAUCAUAAGGCACACUUAUUAGGAGUGAAAGUGGCGUGUGGAUUUGAAAUAUUAGUUUCCCAAGCCAAACCCAGUGCAGAUAUCGAAGCUGAUAGAGGAUGGCAUACAUAUUUGAAGAGCUUAAACGAUAAAGGAUAUUUCAAGGGUCUUUUAGAACAUUCCAUAGACCAUAACAAUUUACUGAAUAAGGCGAAAGAAUAUUACAUUAAUCACCGCGAUACGAUGCACCAUAACCCCGUCAUCGGUCAAGAAAUUUUGGAGCUUAUAAAGACGUUGGAUUACAAUGCGGAAGAAAUGAAAAUCGGAGAAGGUAACCUGCCGAAAGACGACGACGAUUCUUGGUUGAAUAUCAGCCCGGAAGAAUUGGACAAAAUGCUACAAGAGAAAUAUGGCCAGAAGAAAAUAUUUAGCGUAAAUAACAGCAGUGACGCUUCUGAAUUUACUGAAAAAGUGGCCACUUUUCUUAACCAUGUCUCCGGUAUCGAAGGAGCGGAAUAUCCCGAUAAAGAUCCUUCUCCAGUCAGACCGCCAAGGCGUAAAAAUAAAAGCAAGGUAUCCUUCUCCCAAGACACGAAACCAGAGCAAAAACCGACGAAUAAUAAAAUCAAUUUCGACCCGAAUUCAUUCGCUUGCGCCGUGCAAAACAUUUUAAAUUUCGCCAUCCCCGAAGACGAUUCGUGGAACUUAGAAUCGGAUUCGGACAUGAGCGAAUACGAAGAGGACAAUUACGUUAAAGAUCAAUCAUAUCAGGAGGUUAAGAAUAAAAUGCAGCAGUAUAUGGAGGAAAUGGACAGGGAAUUAGCAGCCACCACCAUUGGAGACAGCUUUCAGAAACGCAAUGGCGAUAGCUUCGAGGAUGUGGAAAGCUUCACGCCUGUCGACAUCAACGUGAACGCUUUGAAAAAUAUUUUGGAAAGUUAUCGGUCACAGCUCGGGGAAGCAGGGCCUUCAAGCAAUAUGCUCGGACCCAUGGGUAUUCAUUUGGAUCCCAGAGGAAGUGGGGAAAACGUAGAUUAAGUACGAGACGUAUUUCUCUGAUGCAUUUUUCGUUGCAGAAAUUAUGUGCAGUGUUUAUUUUUCACAGUAAAAUAGAUUUAAGCUUAUUUUGCAGUUUUAUAGUGUUACUAAUCAGGUUUUCGUUAACUUUUAAGGAAGUUAGCCGUGAAAUCUCGCUAAAAAAUUAUUGCCCAAUUUUACUGCAUCGUCCGUAAGUACAAGGUGGUCCAAAGAGUUGUUAACUUUUUGAAAUUAAACAAUAAAAAAACAAACUGAUCAAUUCUAACAAUUUAUUUUUUUAAUUUACAAAAAUUCUUGGAAAUUCAUGCUCUAAAGAUAACAAUGUCUAACUGCGCCCCAUUUCCGUCCUGGCACUCCUGAAGCCCACCUGUAAAAUUUUGCAUAACUCGGAUCAUUAGAUCUUCCAGAGUGGCGGGGCAGUUGUAGUACACUCGACUUUUAAGAUAUCCCCAUAAAAAAAAUAGAAAAAAAUCACAGGGAGUCAGGUCAGGGCUUCGGGGGGGCCACUGAAUGUCCUCUUCGUGAAAUCAAUUUUCCCAGAAAAAGACGAGCAAAGAGAGAUUGGAAGUGUGGCAGGUGGCUCCGUCCUGUUGGAACCAAGUGUCUUGAGUGUAUUUUUCAAAUUCUUGAAGAGAAUAGAAAAACUAAAAGUUAUGCUCAUCUAAAUUUUUUACGACGAGUAAUUUGAGACUAAAAUCAUAUUUUUAUCUAUUUUCUUUAGUUCUCUGGAAAUUGUGAAAAAACGGGCGAUUUUUGCGGUCACUUUUUCCCUGAGAGGAACUAUCGGUUAAGAAACCCCACCUUUCCACCUACUCUUAUCAAAUUUUCUACAGUGCAUCUAAAUAUUAACUCUUUGAACCACCUUGUAAUACAGACAAAUAAGUUUUGUUUCGAAAGACAAUUGAAAUAAUCAAAAUACGUUCUUUUAUUAGGUUUAACGGGAAAAUAAUUUGAGCGUUAGUCUUCCAAUGUCUACUUCAAGUUUUUUUUAAGAACAUAUAAUUUUAUUUAUAUUUAAUUUUGAAACUGCACCAUUCUAUUUACGUAACGUACCUUUAUCUAGUAAUAAUUUGCGUUUAUUCACUUGCAUGCACAUCUUAAGAAUAAUUUUGGAUAUGAUUGUCCUGUUAGUAUUUACUGGUACUAUAAUAUAUACCGAAAACCCCAAUAUUCCACGUACAGAGCUUCCACAGGUACUCGAGAUCAAAAUAAGACGUAUAACAAAUUUUAGCUCUGUCCAAAGAUGUUUCAAAACAAAUUUUUUAAAACAAUUUAAAACGUUAUGGAACAGACAAAUCAUCGACAUUAAAUCUACUAAAAUAUGUAUAUCUCAGUAGGUGCUUUUGUAUAUAGGUUGGUUGGUUAAAAUCGUCCUAUUCUAAUCCCAGUAUGUGGUCCUAAUUUUCUGGGACAAUCUGUAUUUUGAUCCCAAGAAUAUAUGGGAGUUCAUGUAAACGGAAUAUUGGAGCACCGUGUAUACGUGUAACAGUGAGAGUAUAUUUGUAACUCUUGAGUGGGAAUUUUAGAGUUUCUUCACCAAACUACUCUCAAUAACGCAUCAUCUAUUAAAUUUCUCGUUAAUGUUUAUACCCAUCGUCAGUGUCCAUGUUAUUUACAAUAGCCAAAAUCGCCCACUGCUCUAUUUUUAUGUCCGAAACACGUUAUGGGUAUGGUAAUUUGCUUAUGAUGUGUUCAGAUACUUUUUCUUCAAACGACUAAAGCAAAUUAACCAGAAUGCGUUGUAGGUUAAGUAUGCCACCCACAACGCGAAAUAAGUGUUUGUGCGCCUUUGUUUUGCUUUGUGGGCAUUUCUUUUGCCGACGUCGCAUUCUGGCUAUUGCGUUUUAUCCCGAACAUGUUGCAACUGGACUGCUUGUUAUUAGUUUUAACGAGACGCUAGUGGUAAGAUAUGCUCGGUAAGUGCUAGUGAAUUUUCAUAUUUUACUGCGGUUCCGUAAAUACUUCGAUGUAAUUUUCAUUUUAAAUGAAUCUGGAAAUUUUUACUUCAUUACCGAAAAACUGACGUUCGUGAGAAAAAUUUUUUGUCCAUCUGGAAACCGUUCAAGACACCCGGCUUGGCAGCCCCUCUGUUUUUGUAUUCAUUGUGUUAUUCAAAACACGUUCUCGGUAAAGCGACGUGGGCAAAACAAAAACAGUCGUGAAAUAAGUAUUUCACGUUGUCGGCGACAUAUUUUGCCCCAAUGUGUUCUGGUUAAUUCGCUUUACUCACUGUUCGAAGAAAAACUCUAAACGCAUACCCAUAACAAGUUUCAGACAAAAAAAAUGGGGCAGUGGUCGAUUUCGGCUAUUGCGGAUAUCAUCCGUACAUAAUAUUCAGUUUUAUGUUGAAUUAUUAUAUUCCCAGACGGUAGUAACAGAAAGUUUCUUUGUCUGGCUAUUCUAAGUGUUAUAUGGCGACCUUAAUUAAAUUUUGCUAUAAACUCUUUCCUAGUAAACAAUAUAAGAUCGGAGGUAUUUAAAUAUUGCAUCCAAGAUAAAUCCUGUCAUGUGUAUUAUGACUAAUUAAGUGCCUCUCUUUGUAGUUGCCAAAUUGUAGUGUAGUUAUUAGCGUCUGUAGCACUGACAUAAGAGUAGCAUUAAUCCAGCUCCUAUAACUCCCAUAUGUAAACAGUAUUUAUCGUUGUGCGUGGGAAUAUUUUACCACCCGAAAAGAGAGGUCUUAUUCAUUUAGUAAAAAAACUGCAAGCGCUUAGACUUUUAAGUUCGGGAUAUUUUCCUUAUUAAAUUUUGUUUAAAUAAACUUUGCAAAUCGUAUUUGUUGUGUUUUCGAAGAAUUAUUAAUUAAAUUGCUAGUUUUUAGAUCUAGGUAUAACAAAAAUAGAUUACUGCCAUUUUAUAUUUGUGUAGCUUUUUAGCAGUCUAUACAUUUGUUGAAUACAUACAGUAGGGUGGCCCAAAAAAAACGAAUAUUUUUAUUAGCUCAAAAAAUAUUUUUUAGAGGUCGCUCAAGAUUUUUUAAA